AUGACGAACCCGUAUGAAACGGACCCGGAAAAGAUUCCAUCAACCGACCCGUACGCUGAUGUACCCUUUUAUGGUCGAUACCGCCCAAGACCUGGUGACUUCCGCGUUGACCUCCAGCAUGUCAACUCCCAUAGUACAGACUCCCUGAGAUACUGGGCAUCGGUCGUUAGUCUCUGCACCGAAGAGAAUCGCAUUUAUCCAGCUGACGAAGGCGGUCGUGACGUUUUUGCUCUCGGUAGCGUGAUCGUGAAGUCCAGCCAUCUCCACGCGCGAGCAGGUGCUCAAUCUACGGAGAUUGACUUCUCCUAUGCCGAUGCAAAUGAGCAUCGGGCAAUCACUCUGGCAAAGACCGUUUUGAAGGAUGUCAAAGUUCCAGAAAUUUACUUUGCUGGCAAGAUAAAUGGUCGCCAAGUGCUCGUCCAAGAAAGGCUUCCGGGAGUCGCAUUAUGCGUCGCGCGGCCAUAUUUAUCCAGAGACCAGAGGGAUUCCUAUAAAGAACAGGCGAGGAAGAUACUCCAUCAACUUCACACUAUCAAGCCUCCAGAGAAUCUGCAAGCUCGAUCUCACGUGGUAUCGGACCCAAACAUACUCAGUAACGGUCGGAUCAACCCGUUAGAAGGGGACAUCCUUUUUUCAGGCACCAAUCAUGAUCCAGAUAUGAGCUUCAUGCAUAACGAUCUUACGGAAUCUAAUUGCAUUGUUGAUAAUGGCAUAAUUGUGGGGCUUAUUGACUGGGAAAUGGCGGGCUUUUUUGGCUGGAAGACCGCCGGAGAGGUCCACCGUCGGAUCAGAACCCCGCAACGAGAGCACUUUGUGAACGUCAAUUUGAGGGAGGAACAGCUUCAGGGUAUUCUGUAUUGGAAUGAUCUAUAUGAUCAGGAUGUGUCAAAGAAUUAA